AUGUCUUACGAGAAGCUCGACGGUUUGGCGAGGUGGUUCGGUACUAGUGUUGCAACGGCGUUUUUCGCAUCCUUGGAACGAUGCUCGUGUGUGAAUCUCAACACUUCCGAAUCCGACGAUGAGGAAGAGGAAGAAGCUAAAGAGCGCCCUCUCAUGAUCUCCGCCCUCCCUUCUCACCUCGAUUCCUGCGCUGCCACCACUAACCCUACCUCCGCUGAUAACCUCCCCAAGUGGGAUCAUGCUGCAAAUUUGUUGAAGUGGUCCUUCGGCUCCAUCAGAGCAUGGGUUUCAUUUUUUCUUCUCCGUCAACAGAGUGGAUUCACUCUGCUGAGUAGGAGCAGAGAGUUUCGCCGCUCUACUGUGGGCGCCUACACUUAUGUGUCAGAGCUAUGGAGGAAGAAGCAGUCCGAUGUGAUGAGGUUCUUACAAAGGGUGAGGUGCUGGGAGUAUCGCCAGCUUCCAUCAAUAGUGCGUGUUACUAGGCCUACUCGUCUUGACAAGGCACGAUGUUUGGGUUACAAAUCCAAACAGGGCAAUGUGGUUUACCGUGUUCGUGUGAAGCGUGGUGGAAGGAAGAUGCCUGUAUCCAAGGGUAUUGUGUACGGUAAGCCUACCAACCAGGGAGUCACCCAAUUGAAGUUUCAGCGUAGUAAGCGAUCUGUUGCUGAGGAGCGUGCUGGUAGGAAAUUGGGUGGUCUUAAGGUCCUCAAUUCUUACUGGAUCAAUGAGGAUUCCACAUAUAAAUACUUUGAAGUGAUCCUGAUUGAUUCAGCCCAUCCUGCUAUAAGGAAUGACCCAAGAAUCAACUGGAUCUGCAACCCAGUGCACAAGCAUAGAGAGCUUCGUGGACUGACUUCAGCUGGGAAGAAAUACAGGGGUCUCCGAGGAAGAGGACACUUGCACCACAAGGCAAGACCCUCAAGAAGGACAACCUGGAAGAGGAACCAGACUCUGUCUCUACGCCGUUAUCGUUGAUCUGCUUAGAGUUUUUCAAGAGUUUCUUAUUGU